UUUCAAAAGGUGAUCCCCGGUUACCUCGUUGACUGAAUGUACUUCUAAGUUGCCCCUGAGAGGGACGUCUGGCUCACUUCACCAUGAGAGGGGGACACGAGGCGGGCUUUGUGACGUCCCAAAGGAAGAAAGGCCCCUCCUGCGGUCUCCCUGUAUCAUGGUACUUGUGCUAACUUAGAAGUCAGAGUUAACUACUCAAUACUCCAGUUAGAGUCAGACACUGCCAGCUGUAUGAAUGUAUACCACAGUAUCUAUGACUCUGCCGUCGGUGUGUCAAUGUGUGUAUUAACCGAUUUAAAUCGCUUUGGAUUAAAGCAUCUGCUAAAUGCCCCAAUUGUAAAUGAACAUAUUGUGAUGUUGUUGAAUCUAAAUUUGAAUCUAAUUAUUUCAAUGCAUGUUUUAUUGUUUAAACGUGGUAAAUCAGGUUAAGGAACAAGGUGAUGAGUGGAUUUUAAUGAAAGACCUCACAUGGGAUACUAGAUUUGACCUCUUUACACUGUCAUGAUUUGAGAUGUAACUUAUUUUGACACUAAUGUUGAUGUUUUUUCAUUGUAAUAGGCCUAUACUGGGAAUACAGGGCGGGGAGAUAAGUGUAUGCUAAACGAGAGUGGGAGACACAAGAUGUGUCCAGUUUCAAGGCCCGCAGUAGAGCGUUCUCAUUGGCCAGGUCCUUGUUGGGGGAUGCCUUGCCACACAAUAGGGGAUAUAAUGGUUUGAUCCAGAUGCCUCGGACACCAGCCUUCCGAGUUGGAAUUAGGAACAACUCCCUGCUUUCUUGCGGCAUUUCACGGAGGUACGCCUGUUGGUUUCUAUCCACAACGGAGUAUAAUAUUUUAAUAAACAUGUUACCGUGCGGUCCAACUUUGGAAGUACAGCUUUCGUCCAUAAUGGACGUACUUGCGAAAGCUGCUGUAUCUGAAAUUAGCCAACUUUUCUUGGAAGGCUCGGCUACAUUUCGCUUACAAAUAACUCGGAGCCUGAAAGAAAACCAAUCGCUGAGGAUGAGAAUGGAGGUGAUGAGGAGUGAACUGUUUUCUUUGCGGCUUCAAACGAGAUCAAAUGCAUCGUGUGCGGCAAGUCGUUUUGCCCUGGCUCGAGACAACAUCUGCAAACCACAGACUAAACCACUGGGAAAUGGAGAAUGCGAUGACUUUGGAGACCGCAGCACACAGCGCGGCGCCACCUCAGAUAGUCUGCAUGUGGACGCCCCUGGCUCCUCCCACCUGUCCAGUCAUAGCGAGGAGCUGAGGAUCCUGAGCGUCCACGGAAAAGGGGAGGGUCCACUGGCGCUGGACAGCAAUGACACACUGAGCCUGGAGCGCGGCGAGCAGCUGGUCCACCACGAGGAGCUGACUGUGCAGCAGAACCCAGACACAGUUUUAAUCAAGGAAGAAGAGGAUAUUGGUGGAGGCAUGCCCGCUGUAGAAGACUGCGAUGAGUUUGGAGACUGCAGCACACAACACGGCGCCACCUCAGAUAGUCUGCAUGUGGACGCUCCUGGCUUCUCCCACAUGUCAGGUCACAACGGGGAGCUGCGGAUCCUGAGCGUCCACGGAAAAGGGGAGGGCCCACUGGCGGUGGAUGUCCAUGAAAACCUCUUCACCGUGUUCAAACCGGAGGCUCUGAGCUCGCUGGCCGCGGAACACAGCGUGGGAAAGAGCCUGGAGCGCGGCGAGCAGCUGGUCCACCGUGAGGAGCUGACUGGGCAUCAGGGCGGCGGCAAGGACCGGCCCGGUGUGUUGUCUGGAGAGGGUUUACCCGACAAUACCAAUAUGACCAACCACAUGCGUACCCACACCGGCGAGAAGCCGUACGGGUGUGAUCAAUGCGUGAAGCGCUUCACAAAGAGCUCUCACCUGAAGGAACACAUGAGGACUCACUCCGGGGAGAAGCCCUACAGGUGUGACCAAUGCGUGAAGCGCUUCAGUACGGGCUCUCAACUGAAGGUCCACAUGAGGACUCACACCGGGGAGAUGCCCUACAGGUGUGAGCAAUGCGUGAAGCGCUUCUCUAGGAGCUUUCACCUGAAGGUCCACAUGAGGACUCACACCGGGGAGAUGCCCUACAGGUGUGACCAAUGUGUGAAGCGCUUCAGGCAGACCUCCGACCUGAAGUACCACAUGAUGACUCACACCGGCGAGAAGCCGUAUGGUUGCGACCAAUGCAUGAAGCGCUUCCCACUGAAAGGAGGCCUGACGAGCCACAUGAGGACUCACUCCGGUGAGAAGCCCUACAGGUGUAACCAAUGUGUGAAGUGUUUCAGUCACAGCUCCACUCUGAAGAGCCACAUGAGGACUCACUCCAAGGAGAAGGCCAGCUUCAGCGACGCAUACAAGGAGCCAAUGGGGUGCUUUGGUUGGAGGAGUCACUCCGCGGAGAAGCCCUACAGGUGUGGCCAAUGUAAGAGCUUCAGUACGAGCUCUAACCUGAAGAGCCACAUGAAGACUCACUCCGGGGAGAAGCCUUACAGUUGUGACUAUUGCCUGAACUGCUUCAGUGAAAGCUCCGCCCUGAAGGUCCACAUGAGGACUCACUCCGGGGAGAAGCCCUACAGUUGUAACCAAUGCAUCAAGUGCUUCGGACCGAGCUCUCACCUGAAGGUCCACAUGUGGCCUCACUUGGGGGAGAAGCCCUACAGGUGUUACCAAUGUUUGAAGUGCUUCAGUUACAGCUCCCACCUGAAGGUCCACAUGAGGACUCACUCCGGGUGGGAGACACAAGAUGUGUCCAGUUUCAAGGCCCGCAGUAGAGCGUUCUCAUUGGCCAGGUCCUUGUUGGGGGAUGCCUUGCCACACAAUAGGGUAUAUAAUGGUUAUAUCCAGAUGCCUCGGACACCAGCCUUCCGAGUUGGAAUUAGGAACAACUCCCUGCUUUCUUGCGGCAUUUCACGGAGGUACGCCUGUUGGUUUCUAUCCACAACGGAGUAUAAUAUUUUAAUAAACAUGUUACCGUGCGGUCCAACUUUGGAAGUACAGCUUUCGUCCAUAAUGGACGUACUUGCGAAAGCUGCUGUAUCUGAAAUUAGCCAACUUUUCUUGGAAGGCUCGGCUACAUUUCGCUUACAAAUAACUCGGAGCCUGAAAGAAAACCAAUCGCUGAGGAUGAGAAUGGAGGUGAUGAGGAGUGAACUGUUUUCUUUGCGGCUUCAAACGAGAUCAAAUGCAUCGUGUGCGGCAAGUCGUUUUGCCCUGGCUCGAGACAACAUCUGCAAACCACAGACUAAACCACUGGGAAAUGGAGAAUGCGAUGACUUUGGAGACCGCAGCACACAGCGCGGCGCCACCUCAGAUAGUCUGCAUGUGGACGCCCCUGGCUCCUCCCACCUGUCCAGUCAUAGCGAGGAGCUGAGGAUCCUGAGCGUCCACGGAAAAGGGGAGGGCCCACUGGCGCUGGACAGCAAUGACACACUGAGCCUGGAGCGCGGCGAGCAGCUGGUCCACCACGGGGAGCUGACUGUGCAGCAGAACCCAGACACAGUUUUAAUCAAGGAAGAAGAGGAUAUUGGUGGAGGCAUGCCCGCUGUAGAAGACUGCGAUGAGUUUGGAGACUGCAGCACACAACACGGCGCCACCUCAGAUAGUCUGCAUGUGGACGCUCCUGGCUUCUCCCACAUGUCAGGUCACAACGGGGAGCUGCGGAUCCUGAGCGUCCACGGAAAAGGGGAGGGCCCACUGGCGGUGGAUGUCCAUGAAAACCUCUUCACCGUGUUCAAACCGGAGGCUCUGAGCUCGCUGGCCGCGGAACACAGCGUGGCAAAGAGCCUGGAGCACGGCAAGCAGCUGGUCCACCGUGAGGAGCUGACUGGGCAUCGGGGCGGCGGCAAGGACCGGCCCGCUGUGUUGUCUGGAGAGGGUUUACCCGACAAUACCAAUAUGACCAAUCACAUGCGUACCCACACCGGCGAGAAGCCGUACGGGUGCAACCAAUGCAAGAAGCGCUUCCAAAACAAAGGCACCCUGAAGGCCCACAUGAGGAUUCACUCCGGGCUGAAGCCCUACAGUUGUGACCAAUGCGUGAAGCGCUACAGUUGGAGCUCCCAGCUGAAGGUCCACAUGAGGACUCACUCCGGGGAGAAGCCCUACAGGUGUGACCAAUGUGUGAAGUGCUUCAGUAAGAGCUGCAGCCUGAAGUUACACAUGAGGACUCACACCGGCGAGAAGCCGUAUGGUUGCGACCAAUGCAUGAUGCGCUUCCCACUGAAAGGAGGCCUGACGAGCCACAUUAGGACUCACUCCGGUGAGAAGCCCUACAGGUGUGACCUAUGCGGGAGGCACUUUAGACAGAGCUCCGCCCUGAUUAUCCACAUGAGGAGUCACUCGGGGGAGAAGCCUUACAGGUGUGACCACUGCGUGAAGUGCUUCAGUAAGAGCUACAACCUGAAGGUCCACAUGAGGACUCACUCUGAGGAGAAGCCCUACAGGUGUAACCAAUGUGUGAAGUGUUUCAGUCAGAGCUCCACUCUGAAGAGCCACAUGAGGACUCACUCCAAGGAGAAGGCCAGCUUCAGCGACGCAAACAAAGAGCCAAUGGGGUGCUUUGAUUGACACCCCUGUCCUGUAUUUGUUGAAAUUACUGCUGUCGUUUUUAUUUUUGCUUUAAAAGACGCUUCCAACUCUUCAAACAUCUUCUGUUUUUAUUGUAGUAAAUAAAUGAUGCCUCUCUGAUGAAGAAUAAUCUAUUUUUUGGACACUACCGACAACCUAAUAUUUGAUUUAAAUGUAGAGCAGGAUCAUGGGAAGCGAUUCAGUCAGAGCCCCGCCCUGAAGUUCCACAUGAGGACGCGCGCCGGGGAGAAGCCCUGAAGGUGCUACAUCAGCCUCAGCGACCCAAACAAAGAGUCAAUGGGGUGCUUGACACAGGGCAACGGGACGCUCUGAUUGACAACUCUAUCCUUUAUUCGUUGAAAUGACUGUUGUAGGUUUUUUGUUUGCUUUAUUAAAGACGCUU